UGGUUGACAACAGCUAAGCAGCCUCGCGGCAGCUGCCCUUCUGACUGGCACCAUUACCCUCGCCAGACCCCAGGCUCUGAUCGUGUCCCGGACGGAGCAGUCCUUCCUGCACUCACUUCCUGCCCACUGGCCGCUGUGUCAGGGUCUCGAACCCAAAGUGGUGGACGGGGCCUCCAGAAGUUGAGGCCAAAAGAGCAUGUAAGUGGCUCCAAGCAACAGGAUUCCCUCAGUAUGCUCAACUUUUUGAAGAAGGUCUGUUUCCCCUGGAUAUUGGCUCUGUGAAGAAGGACCACAGUUUUCUGGAUGAGGACUCUUUGGGGGCCCUGUGCAGGAGGCUGAUGACCUUGAACAACUGUGCCUCGAUGAAACUGGAAAUUCACUAUCAAUGCAAGCAGAAUGAAGACUCAGAAGAAGAAGAGCAGUGUACCAUCAGCAACCACUGGGCCUUCCAGCAAGAAAGUAAAUGCUGGUCUCAUGUGGACUCCUCUGACCUGCUGGCCCCACCAAGCCCUGGCCUGCCAGUGACCUCCAGCUGUGAGAGCGUCCUCACUGAGCUUAGCACCACUUCCCUGCCAGCCAUCACUGUAAGCCUAUCGCCAGAGCCGGAGCCAAUGGAGCUGCCCACGCCCUGCCACGUUCUCAGCCUGAGUAACCAGCCCCUCCUUAGCCCCACCCAGGGCCAUGAGGGUCCCCGGGACAAAGCCAAGAAGCGCCAUUCUCGUAGCUUCCUUAAGCAUCUUGAUUCUCUGAGGUGGAAGGAAAAGGGUGGCAGUCGGCAAGCUGGGCCCGACCGUGGCCCAGCCACCUUAGAGAAGGCCAUUAAAGCCUCCUCUUUUCGUAGUCACCGUGGCUUCCUCUCAGCUGGAUUCUACAGAGCCAAGAAUAGGGCAGCAGCCUCAGCCAGCAACAGUGGCACCGAGACUCCAAGGGCCUGGGAGGCCUGGCCUGUGGCCAUGUUUCGGCACCCUCAGCAGGUGCACCGGGGUGACUGCCUCGUGCACGUGCCCAGGGACCACAAACCAGGCACAUUCCCUCGCUCUCUGUCUAUUGAGAGCCUGUUCCCCGAGGAUGGACACUGCCUGGCAGAUUGGCAGCCAGGUAGACCCUGGGGUUGCGAAGGGCACCGGGGCUCCUGUGGCUCCACGGGCAGCCAUGCCAGCAUCUAUGACAACAUGUCUGAGCUGUACCCAUCUGAGCCAGUACUGGUCAGGGCUAAAGCUGAAGAUGAGGAAGGUACAGGCAGCUAUGCCCACCUAGAUGACAUCCUCCAGCAUGUAUGGGGACUGCAGCAACGGGUAGAGCUCUGGUCUCAGGCCAUCUACCCAGACCUGCGGACUAGAGAUAAGGAAAAGGAAGAAGAGGAAGAAGAGGAGGAGAUUGCUUCGUCAGUAGAAAUAGCCACAGUUGAGGUUGGAGGGCAGGCUGAGACUCUGACCCAGAUAGAGGCUCCAGCCUGCAGAGAGUCCUCAGCCCCAGACCAGGCUGAUGUUCAGCCAGUAAUCCCAGCUCAGGUUGAGUAUCAGGCUCAGGCUGAGCCCCUGGCCCAGGCCCAGGCCCAGGCCCAGGUUGAGGCCGAGGCCCUAGACCUGGGCCAAGGUCAUGGGCAGGAGGUGAAUUCAGGUGGGGAACCCACCUCGGCCUACAGCGUAUCUGUGGAAGAAGGACACUCCAUUUCUGACACUGUGGCCUCCUCCAGUGAACUGGACAGUAGUGGAAACUCCAUGAACGAGGCUGAGGUCAUGGGCUCGCCAGCUGGACUUCAAGCAUCCAGACUACGUGAACGACGGGAUUCAGGCGUUGGGGCCUCACUUAGCAGACCCUGCAGGAAGCUCCGCUGGCACAGCUUCCAGAACUCCCACCGGCCCAGCCUCAAUUCAGAGUCACUGGAGAUCAACUGGCAGUUUGCUAGCCAGAUCCACCUCCUGCAUAAGGGCUCACUGCUGCGGCUCACUGCCUUCAUGGAGAAAUACACUGUGCCACACAAACCAGGGUGGGUCUGGUCAGUGCCCAAGUUCAUGAAAAGGAAUAAGACUCCGGACUACCGAGGCCAGCAGGUGUUUGGGGUGCCACCCCUUAUCCAUGUGCAGCGCACAGGCCAGCCACUGCCACAGAGCAUUCAGCAAGCCAUGCGCUACCUGCGCAGCCAGUGCCUGGACCAGGUGGGCAUCUUCCGCAAGUCUGGGGUGAAGUCCAGGAUCCAGAACCUGCGGCAAAUGAAUGAGGCCAACCCAGACCAUGUUUGCUACGAGGGCCAGUCGGCCUAUGAUGUGGCAGACCUGCUGAAGCAGUAUUUCCGGGACCUACCGGAGCCUAUCUUUACCAGCAAGCUCACGACCACUUUCCUGCAGAUCUACCAGCUCCUCCCCAAGGAUCAGUGGUUGGCAGCAGCUCAGGCUGCCACCUUGCUGCUCCCGGAUGAGAACCGAGAGGUCCUACAGACUCUGCUCUACUUCCUAAGUGACAUUGCCUCUGCUGAAGAAAACCAGAUGACAGCUGGCAACCUAGCUGUGUGUCUGGCACCUUCCAUCUUCCAUCUCAACGUCUCUAAGAAGGAUAGCCCCUCUCCGAGGAUCAGGAGCAAAUGCAGCCUGGUUGGCCGGCCAGGCCCUAGGGACCUGAGUGAGAACAUGGCUGCCACCCAGGGCCUAUCACACAUGAUCAGUGACUGCAAGAAACUUUUUCAAGUCCCUCAGGACAUGGUGCUACAGCUGUGUGGCUCCUACAAUGCAGCUGAGCUCAACCCUCCCUGCCCAGCCUUGGCUGAGCUGCGGCAGGCCCAAGCAGCCGGCAUGAGCCUGAGCCUCUACAUGGAAGAGAGUGUCCAGGAGCUGCUGCGUGAUGCUGCUGAGCGUUUCAAGGGUUGGAUGAGUAUGCCGGGGCCCCAACACACAGAGCUGGCUUGUAGAAAGGCACCAGAUGGGCACCCCCUGCGUGUGUGGAAGGUGUCCACUGAGGUGGCAGCCCCUCCACCUGUCGUGUUACACCGUGUUCUGCGGGAGAGGGCCCUCUGGGAUGAGGACCUGCUGCGGGCCCAGGUGUUGGAAGCCCUGAUGCCAGGUGUGGAGCUGUACCACUAUGUCACCGACAGCAUGGCACCCCAUCCCUGCCGUGACUUCGUGGUGCUCCGGAUGUGGCGCUCUGACCUGCCCCGUGGUGGUUGUCUGCUCGUCUCCCAGUCCCUGGAUCCUGAGCAACCUGUGCCAGAAUCAGGGGUGCGGGCCAUGAUGCUCACUUCCCAGUACCUCAUGGAGCCUUGUGGCCUGGGCCGCUCCCGGCUCACUCACAUCUGCCGUGCUGAUCUCAGGGGCCGUUCUCCUGACUGGUACAACAAAGUCUUUGGGCACCUGUGUGCCAUGGAAGUGGCGAAGAUCCGGGACUCCUUCCCCACCCCGCAGGCAGCUGGCCCUGAGACAAAAUUGUGAGCCUCAGCUCAGUGCCAGGGUGAAACCACCUGGGCCCCUUGGUGCCAAGAGAGUAAGGGGGAGAAGAGAGGAGAGCAUCCCCCACAUGUUGCUCCCAGGGGCAGAGCCAGGCCCUUGCAGAUCCAGCAGUCUGUCCCCUUUACUUCCUGAAGCUCCUCCACACAUCCAGGGGAGGAAAAGAAAUGUCAGUGGCCCAUCUCUACUCCACCUCCACCCAUAAGCCUGUGUUCUGUCCUCCCGAGAGAGAGGAGUCAUUUUCAGAAGAAGACUGCUACUUCCCCCCAGGCCCACCGAGGCACCAUCAGUCUGAAGCCUCACCAGCUCCACCACCUGCAGGAGGGAGGAGGGAGAGAGCAGCGUGUGCUUCCAGCUCUCUGCCACUCGGAGAGGCCAAGCUACCCUUUUUUGGUGCUAGGGUCCCUUUGAGGUUGGCAGGAGCCUCUGGUCCUGCCUUGGGGCUUAGUAUUGGCCCUGAACUGACUUUUCCAGGGAAAUUGGACUAGGGAGGAUGAGCACAGGUCAGCUGCAACCAGCAUGAGCUGUUUUCUUUGUGUAAAUACAAUGCUGAUUUUUAUGAGGCUGAUUUAAAGAGCGGAGGGAUCCCUGGGUGGCGCAGCGGUUUGGCGCCUGCCUUUGGCCCAGGGCGCGAUCCUGGAGACCCGGGAUCGAAUCCCACGUCGGGCUCCCGGUGCAUGGAGCCUGCUUCUCUCUCUGCCUGUGUCUCUGCCUCUCUCUCUCUCUCUCUGUGACUAUCAUAAAUAAAUAAAAAUUUAAAAAAAAGAUUAUAUUUAUAAAAAAAAAAAAAGAGCGGGCACUACCUAGGCAACAUGAGUAUUUGGGGCAGCUUGGGAUAUGGUAGUGGGGGGAGAGGGCCUCCUUUCUCAGGUCUCAGGAGACCAAUAAACCAGUCUCCCUGACUUGGGCCUCAUACUUCAUCUGCCACUCCCUGGUGUCCUGUGCACCCUUUGGUCACAUACUCAUGUCUGGAGAGCAAACAGGCUCACUCCCACCUCACAGGCCAAGCAAAAGCAGAUGGUAGUAAAGAGACACAUACCUGUGUCAGCAUCCCUUCUCCUGCUCUCCCUGCCUAUGCUAACAGGCUGACAUAACAGCCCCUUCAUCAAGCAGAAACCUGACCUCUGGUUCAGGCAGCUAGCCAGCCAGAUGGAGGGGCCUAGUGUCAUCUCAGCCAGCUGGGGCUUGAUCCAAACCUGAUCCAUCCCACCCAGCAGUCAUCUUGGCUUAUGUGGAAUUCCAAAUGGCAUUCAAAUGCCAACUGGUGCUUUAUUUUUCUUUUAGCUCAAUAAAAUGGAAUGGGAUGGGUCCCAGCCAAUACUGUAGUUUUUAAGCCUAUUUUAUUUGUACCUAUAAAUACUGUACAGACAGAAUAUAUAUAUGUAUUUGUAUAUAUAGAUACAUAUAUAUGCACAUCUGUAUAAGCACACAUAUUCUAUCAUGAGUAUAUUAUAAUCUGUGGGUGCAAGCAGGGGUCUGGAAAGCCCGAGGGUGCAGGGCACUGAAAAUGAGGGAGGUGGAGAGCUGGAACCAUGUGACCCCUCAGCAGAACAAUAAAGC